AUGAAAAAAUUGGUUACACUUGAUUUAUCAAGCGAGUACGUGAUACUCAGUGAUCCAGAUCUUGAAAAACUUAUUCGAAACUUAACGGGAGUGACUGAAUUCUUGUUAAAUGAUGUAAAUAUAUCAGAACAUGGAAGCAAGUGGUGCCGCACCAUAUCUUCUUCCCUCCCUAAAUUGGAAGUGUUAAGUUUGUCUGGUUGUUCUCUUUCGGGGCCUCUGGAUUCCUCUCUCUCGAAACUUCAAUCACUAAGAAAACUUCAUCUCGACGAUAAUGAUAUCUCUGAUGAAGUUCCAGAGUUUUUUGGGGAAUUCCGCAAUUUGACAUCCUUGCAUCUAAGUUCUUGUGCCUUGUACGGAAAUUUCCCGAAUAAAAUUCUUCAGUUACAAACACUUCAAAGCUUAGAUUUGUCGCACAAUAAGCUUCUUCAUGGUUCUUUACCAGAAUUUCCCACCGAUGCACUGCUUCAGGACUUGCGAUUGUUUUUCACGAGUUUCACUGGUGAACUACCGAAUUCUAUUGGUAAUCUUCGACAACUAUCUACCUUAGAUCUCCGAAACUGCCGGUUCAAAGGAUCAAUUCCCACUUCCAUCUCAAAGCUUAACAACCUUCAACAUUUAGACCUUUCGUUGAACAGCUUCACCGGUUACCUUGGUGAAAAUUUUAUUGGUUCUUCAUCUCCAUUAGAGUUUCUUGAUUUGGGUUACAAUCAAUUGCAAGGACGUCUCCCACAGUUAGUUUUCGAGUUCUCCAGACUGUAUCAUCUCGGACUGGUAUCAAACAGCUUCACUGGUAGUAUAAGUCUUGAUAUGCUUUUUCAUAAGAUCAGAAAUCUUACUGAACUCUUUCUCUCAGAUAACAAAUUUUCAAUUAGUACUGCUAGAACUAGCGCUAAUUUUUCAUUUUAUCCGCAACUUCUCUGGUUGACACUGGGUUCCUGUAACCUGACAGAAAUCCCUGUUUUCUUGAAAAACCAAUCUAAACUGCAAAUCUUAGAGCUUUCGCACAAUCAAAUCCAUGGAAAAAUACCCAAUUGGAUUUGGAAGAUAGGCAAUAAAAAGCUCUUCACCUUAAAUCUUUCUUACAAUUUCUUGGAAGAUCCUGACCAACCUUUACCGGUAAAUAGUUUUAGUUUUCCGUACUUUGUCCUCGACCUUCGCUCCAACUACCUCACAGGAAAGAACCUAAUCUUACCGCCAUUUGCCUCCACUCUGGAUUACUCAUUAAACAACUUCACCACCAUUUCAAAUAUUUCUUCCCACCUUAGGCGUGCUAUGUUUUUCUCUCUUUCAGGCAAUCAAAUAAGUGGAGAAUUCCCAAUGUGGAUAUGUGAAGCUCAUGCUAGAGGAGUUCUUGAUCUAUCAAAUAACAACUUCAGUGGACCAAUACCACAAUGUCUGUCGUUUGGUAGGUCUGGAUUACGCAUUCUAAAUCUAGGAGGAAACAACUUCCAAGGGAUCAUACCUGACUUCAACCUCGAAGAUUCCUGUGGUCUGAGAGUACUUGAUCUCAACGGGAAUAAAUUAGAAGGGGAGCUACCGGAAUCCCUUGCCAGUUGUACAAGCCUAGAGGUUUUAAACGUUGGAAACAAUCAAUUAAGUGGUAGUCUUCCUUCCUGGCUGGGUUCUAUGUCCAGCAUGCGAGUUCUUGUGCUGCGAUCCAACAAAUUCUAUGGUUCGUGGGAGAAUCAAGGGAUCAAGUGUAACCACACACUGUUACAAAUUAUUGAUAUUUCCUCUAAUAAUUUUUCAGGUAGUCUGCCCAAAGAAUGUUUUUCAAGUUGGAAAUCCAUGAUGUCAAAUCAAGCAGAAUACGAAUGGACUCCACGUGAUCCGGUGGUGGGAGUUAGAAAUGCUUUUUACAGCUACCGACAAAGAGUUGGAAUUACAAGCAAAGGACAAGACAUGGAACUUGAAAAGAUUCGAAGAAUUGUUAGAAGCAUAGACUUCUCGAAUAAUGAAUUUGUUGGAGAUAUACCAAAAAUCAUUGGUAAUUUCACAUUACUCUACAAUCUCGAUUUCUCAAAAAAUACUCUGACAGGCCCAAUACCACCGGCUUUCGGAAAGCUUACACGUCUGCAGUCAUUAGACCUCUCGCAUAACAAGCUGACCGGAGUGAUUCCGCCUGAACUGGCACGAUUGUCAUUUCUUGCAUUUAUGGAUCUCUCUUUCAACAAAUUAGAGGGGAAAAUCCCAUGGGGCAGUCAGUUUGAAACUUUUGAUCCAAGUUCCUUCGAAGGCAAUGUUGGGCUGUGUGGUUCUCCCUUGUCCAAAGACUGCAACAGGACUAAUGCGGAUUCACCAUCAAAUACGUCGGACUCUAAGCGUGGGGCGGUUUAUGUGAUGGAGUUUGAUUGGGUUCUAUUUGUGGUGUCAUUUUUGGGUUUUUGUGUGGGUGCAAGUUUAGUUAUUGGACCUCAAUACUUUUGGAAGAAAGGAAGAGAGUGGGCUAAUGAUCGCAUCAACAGAAUCCUUAACAUAGCUUGA